GGUGUUCUGUUUCUCAUCGUUUGCCCGAGAAAGUAGAUGUUGGAUGCUGCAUCAUCAUCUUACUGUGGCAUCGUAACUGGGCGGAAAAACAUCUCAGCCACCCGCGAGAGAUUGAUAGGAUCGAAGCUCCCUCCCUCCCUCCGCCAUGGCAGAUGCCUCGGUUUUCACCUACGAUGAGAAGACGUUCGCCGUCACCCAAUCCAUGAAGGAUGCUUAUAACGACAAUGGAUAUGUUCUUAUCAGAAAUGUACUAAAUGAUGCCGAGAUGACGAAGCUGAAGGCUGGCCUGGAAAGCCCUGGAAUCCAGAAACAUGCCUACAACACGUCUGAUGGCUCUAGGGAUACCAGAAUGGUCCUUUGGUUCCACUGUGGGGAUGACAUGACAGGGGCUGUUGCCAGCUGUGAGAAAAUUGCCGGCACAAUGGAGAAGUUAAUGGGAGGUGAUGAAGUGUAUCAUCUCAGCAGUAAAUUACUUAUGAAAGCCCCGCAAACAGGAGGGUCGUUCCUCUGGCAUCAGGACUACGGAUACUUUUAUAAGUGGGGAUACAUGUACCCAAACAAUGCAUCGGUUUUCAUCGCCAUUGAUGACUGCAAUCUUGAUAAUGGCUGUCUUCAGGUGCUGCGAGGAUCCCACAAGAUGGGGAGAGUGGACCACAUUCCAGUGGGUAAACAACUUUCGGCAGACCCUGAGCGAGUUGAAGAGGCUAAGAAGCGCUUGGACCUGAUAGCAGUGGAUAUGAAGGCAGGUGACGUACUGUAUUUUAACAGCAAUUUGCUGCAUUGUUCGGGGCCCAAUAAGAGCAAUAGCAGGCGGUGGUCGUACGUCAUCGCGUAUAACGAGCGCUCCAACUUGAGUUACAUGACCAAGGGGCAUCUGCAGUACACCCCACAUCCUCUGUACACGCCACUUGUCAAGGUACCAAACUCCAAGCUGAUAACUUGUGACGGUGUUAUCACUGACCAGAAGUGGUUCUUGAAGGCAGAGGAGGACAAAGCCCGAGACUGACGCUGAUGGAAGGAAGGGGUUUCUGUAGACGGAAUAUGUCAAUUUUGCUUCAGCAACAAUGAAACAAGAACGUGUUGCGUAAUCGCUCAGUCCCAAUCUUUUUGUCCGAGUUGAUCACACGUGUCACAUGCAUCAUUAAAAAUUCACUGUC